AUGCCCUGCAAGGUGAAGUGUGAAUUUUGCUUUCUACAGGAGUUAUUAGAGAAGGACAAACAGCGUGGCUGCUUUCCUCAACAUCUUGGCUUCCUAAGUUUCUACCAGUCUUUUCUGCCCUUUCACUUGGCCCACAACAUUCUCUCCACAGUUGAUGUAAAGCUGGACCCAUCCACAGCACAUCCGAGCAUCCUCCUGACCACCUACCUGCACAGCGUGCAGGACACAGAGCUCUGGAGGGAUGUCCCCAACAAUGCGGAGCGAUUUGACACAUGGCCUUGUGUGCUGGGCUUGCAGAACUUCUCAUCGCAGAGGCAUUACUGGGAAGUCGUGGUUGGAGAAAGAGCAGAGUGGGGUCUAGGCAUCUGUCGAGACACAGUGUGAAGGUAGGGGGAGACCACUCCACCCCAGGAGAAUGGGGUCUGGGCCGUGUGGCUCCUGAAAGAGAGUGAGUACAUGGUUCUCGCCUCCCCAUCGGUGCCUCUCCACCCAGAGCGGCCUCGCCGGGUUGGGAUUUUCUUGGACUAUGAAGCAGGCGAAAUCUCCUUUUACAAUGUCACCAACGGGUCCUACAUCUACACAUUCACCCAGCUGCUCUCCGGUCUUCUCCGACCUUACUUCUUCAUCUGUGACAUAAUUCCUCUCACUCUACCACCUGUGACAGAGGCAGAGGCAGGAGAUCCGGCAUUCAGUAGUCGUCUUGUCCAUGCUGUUAACGUCAGUCCUGAAUAUUCCUAAAAUCCUCUUCCUGAGCACGCAAAGCCUGGCAAUGGUCCCGGUGGUGGAGUGGAGCCCCCGGGGACGCCUCCACUCAGAGCAGCACUUUGAUCCUUAUCGCUGUGCAACUGUUCCCACUGGGACCAAGCAGAAAAUACGAAAUCCUCGCAUGUAGAGGGACGUCGUGGAACAUGAUGAUUUUAGAAAUGGAGGAAUCUCAUCAGCCUUUUUCCAGAUGGCUCCACACAUUUUCUUCAGAAUUCCUUCAAAUGAAUCAACCCUGGAUUAAACAAGGAUUUCAGGACAUCCAUUAUCAUUUAUUAUUCCUUUUAAGAUGCUUUCGUUCUGAGUCUUUCAUAUAUUAUGAAAUGGAAAUGAAAAUUCUUGAUUCUUGAGUUGGUCCAGAACAGCCCAAUAUUGUUCCUGCAUCAGAUCUGUAAUUAUUUUUCUCCUCCUUAUUUUCCUCUUCCCCUCUCGGUCAGUCUCCCAUUCUCUGUCUCUCUUUGUCUCUCUGCCUCUGCUUUUGUUUCUCCCUUUCUAUCUUGCUCCUGUUUUUUUAUACCUUCUGUUGUUUAACCUUUCAUCACCUAGAUUACUAUAUUCAGAACCACUUCUUUUUAUACUUUAUCUCUCUAUGAUAUGUCGAAUUACUUGCUAAGCCUUCUUUAUUCUGGGAUCAAUUUUUAAGGUUUACAAAAUUCAUUCUGUGUAUCUAAUAUCACUGAUUCUCACAUCAUACCUCUCUGAGAUGAAACUUUUCCUUUAUCUUUGGAUACAUAUUUCAGAGUAGAAAUUUCUCAGAAUUCUGAUUCAACCAGUUCUCUGGACUAGCCAUCACUAGUUGUGAGACCUCAAACAAAUAACCUUUCUCUCUUUCAGACUUAACUAGUUGAUAUGGUUCCUAUAUGUGGAAUAUUUGACUUAUUUUUAAAGUACAUUCUGUACCUUCCUAACAGAAUUCUUAAAAGUUGUUGAAGGCUAAUUUUGCUGCCAUCUUUCUCUGAAUCUGUGCUUAAUAAAUAAGUGCCAAACAAAUGCUAAAUAAUUAAUAAUUAAUGGAAACUUAUUUAACAUUAUCUUGAUGAUAAUAUUCCAAGACCUUAAUCUUCCAUUUUAAUAACUCUACCUUGAAUUUUAAGGUGGUUCCCUCUUCCAGGGAGAUUCCUUUGACUAAAAUCUUUCAUUUAUUUUCCAGGGACAUAAUUAACAUAGCUUUAUUUCUAGAUUUUUAAACAUUUUUCUUUCCAGGCUUUUUGUAUCUGGAGGAGCAUUAUGCAGUAUAAUAAUUUUAUAAAUGGAGCAAUCUUAUC